AAAAAAAUACCUAGUCCCCAAACUCCGCCUUCAAAAACUUACACCUCCUCUCAUCUCCACUUCUCUUUUUUUCUAACUAUAACCCUACAAUGAACAACCAAGCCCCGCCAGUAUACAGUGCGGUCUCUGAAAAGUCCUCCACCCCCAGGACGUUCACGCGCCCAUCAGGCCCGCCGCCUGGAUCCAGCCCCGCGGUGCGCCGCCAGUCGACCAUUGCGAGUAUCUACCAGCCGGGAAACUACUCUGUAUUCCUCCCGCUGAUUAUCAAGUCGCUCAACCGAUUACAGAACCCUCAGUACUGGAAGGAAUACAAGAACAAGUCCAGUCUUCUGAAGCUCUUUCUGAAGAAGAAAUACUCCAAAACGGAUCUUCUCCGCGCGGACGACGAAAUCUUCCCGUCGCCAAAGUACAAAAACUUUUACAAGCACAAGGAAGAGAUCUUGGCAACGCUCCAGCAAACCAACAUUAUUGAAAACCUCAACGCCAUCCGCCGCCAGUUGCGCAUCCCAGUGUCGCUCGACCUCCACGAGCUCGCGCAAUUGGUCUUCUUCGACUGUGUAGUGUACAUUGACAACUCCGGAUCGAUGUCGGAGCCAAAGCGCCAGAAAGAGUAUAAGUCGAUUAUGGAGACGUUUAUGCAGAUUGUUGCAAUCAAUGAGAGUGGCCUCUCGUUACGGUUCAUGAACAACCACGAGAACAUUGCCGGGGCCAUUCUCGAGGAUAUGGGCAUUGACAUUGACCGGCGGAUUUCCUCGCCUGAGCUUCUUGCGACAAUCCUCAACUCUCCGCACGUGGCGUACUACGGCGUCACGCCCCUUGCGACCAAGCUCCACAAGAAUGUGUUGCAGCCUUUUGUAUACGACAAGCUCCUCGCUGGAACCUUCACAAAGCCGUUGCUUGUCAUGGUACUUACCGACGGCGAGCCAUACGGUGAAGACCCAGGUUUUACAAUCAGAAAAGUGGUGCUUGAUACCCAGAAGAUGUUGGAGAAGCACGGUUGGCCCCCGGCCUCGGUGUUGUACCAGUUUGGCCAGGUUGGGAACGACAGGCGCGCCGCCCAAUCGCUCGAUGAUUUGGAUAACGAUCCGUUGAUCGGGGACGUUAUUGAUUGUAAUAAUGUGUAUGAGAAGGAGAAGUUACAGUUGCACGACGACGUGGCAAACCGCAUUUUUUACGUCAAGAAGUUGGCCUUGGGUCCGAUCGAUGAGAAGUUUGAUCUUGCGGAUGAGCUGACAAUGUGAGAAUGGGAAUUAUGUGUAUAUUAUUAAUGAAAUAGAUGUACUGGCAAGUUUUUCGUCCACGAGUGGAUAUUCCAUAAUAUAUAUUAUUAAAUUUUGUUAGUCAUACAUGCAUACAUAUUUAGUGCAAUAUAUAAUUUCC